AUGCGGACGAGCUUCAAGGACCUUCAGAAGCCGCAGGCGGAGCUCGAAGGCAAGCCCUGCGCGGCUAUUGGCCAGGGCGAGCUGACGUCACUGUACGAGUCGCUGUUCCAUCAGGUUGACGUCGGCUGCGCUCAGCUGCUGGUAACCGAACGGGAGUUCGCGGACCUGGAAUUUCGCGAUCAGCUUCGUAGCACCGUGAAUUCGCUCCUGGACCAUCGCGUAGUCCCCAUAUUUAACGAGAACGAUGCAAUUUCCACGCGACACGUGCCGUACAAGGAUGCGUCGGGAAUCUUCUGGGAUAACGACUCUCUUGCGGCGCUCCUAUCUCUCGAACUCGAAGCCGACGCUUUGAUUCUCCUCUCUGACAUCGACGGCCUCUACACUGGACCUCCGUCCGACCCCGACUCAGUGCUCAUCAACACAUACGUGAAAGAUUCUCAGGACGAGAUCAAAUUCGGCGAGAAAUCGCGCGUCGGACGAGGCGGGAUGACCGCAAAGGUGGACGCGGCUUUGAAAGCGGCGAUGGGGGGAGUGACGACGGUGAUCGCGAGCGGGCUGACGAAUGACGGCGUGCUGCGGGUGCUGCGAGGCGAGCUGGUGGGCACGCUGUUCCACAAAGACGCGCAUCUGUGGGCUGUUGGCAAGUCGGGGAAAAGCGCUGCCCGCGACAUGGCUGUUGCUGCGCGUGACGCGAGCAGGAAGCUGCAGGCUCUGUCGCAGGAGAAGAGGAAGGAGAUCUUGCUGAAUGUGGCUGACGCGCUGGUGAAGCGGGAGGAGGAGAUCAUCGAGCAGAACAACCACGACGUGCGGUUCGCAGAAAUCCAUCGCGUUGCCCCUGCUCUCAUCCAACGGCUGAAACUCAAACCUGGCCGGAUAAAUCAGCUGGCGGAGGGCAUUCGUGCCAUUGCGGAGAUGCCGGACCCGAUAGCAGAGACGCUGGCAUGCACAGAGGUGGCGGAGGGCUUGGUGCUGGAGAAGCAGCGGUGGCCGCUGGGGGUGCUGCUGGUGAUAUUUGAAUCGCGGCCGGACGCCAUGCCGCAGAUUGCAGCGCUGGCGAUUCGCAGCGGCAACGGGCUGCUGCUCAAGGGAGGCAAGGAGGCACUCAACUCCAACCGCAUCAUCCACGAGGUGAUUGCGUCCGCCCUGCCAGCCGAGGUGGGCCCAGCACUGAUUGGCCUCGUCACUUCACGUGACGACAUCUCGGAUCUGCUGAAGCUGGACGACGUGAUCGACCUGGUGAUUCCGCGCGGCAGCAACGCGCUGGUGAAUCAUAUCAAAUCGCACACCAAGAUUGCGGUGCUGGGCCAUGCGGACGGCGUGUGCCACGUGUACGUGGACAAGGCAGCCAACCUCAAGAUGGCCAAGCGGAUCAUAUUGGAUGCCAAGAUGGACUAUCCCGCUGCCUGCAAUGCCAUGGAAACGCUGCUCAUCCAUGAAGACCUGGCGAGAUCAGGAGCAGCAGCAGACAUCAUCAAGGAGCUCAAGGAGAACGGCAUAGCGCUGUAUGGAGGCAAAGGGGCAGCUGGACCCUUCCAUCUGCCUCCGGCAGCGAAUCUGCAUCACGAGUACGGGUCGCUGGAAUGUACGGUGGAGAUCGUGCCGGACAUUGACGCGGCCAUCCACCACAUCCACACGCACGGCAGCGCGCACACCGACGCCAUCGUCACCGAGGACCAGGAAGCCGCUAAGAAGUUUCUGGCGUCGGUGGACAGUGCGGUCGUGGUGCACAACGCCAGCACUCGCUUCUCCGACGGCUUCCGCUUCGGGCUCGGCGCCGAGGUGGGCAUCAGCACGAGCCGCAUCCAUGCGAGAGGGCCUGUCGGGGUUGAGGGCCUCCUCACAACACGCUGGUUGCUGAGAGGGGCUGGACAGGUGGUCAACAAGGACAAGGACGUCACCUACACCCAUAAAGCACUUCCGGUGACUAAGGAUGGUGUGGUAUCUAACGGGAAUUAA